CCGGCAGUUCAUUUUGAAGGAGUUGAAGUGACAGAAUUCUGCGCCUGAUUUUCUCUCGUAGUUCGGGACUGGUUUCAAGAGUGUCUCUAAAAAACAUGUCUCCAACUAACACGGUGAACCAGCUCUCCGCAUCAGCAGGGCCCAAAUGUCAGCUGGAGGAAGACCUCCGUGCAGUUCUGCAGCAGAGAAUCAUGGUGCUGGAUGGUGGCAUGGGGACCAUGAUCCAGCAGCAUAAGCUAGAAGAGGAGGAUUUCAGAGGGCAGGAGUUUAAAGAGCACCAACUACCCCUCAAGGGUAACAACGACCUGCUCAGCAUCACACAACCGGAUAUCAUUUACAAUAUUCACAAGGAUUACCUGCUGGCAGGUGCUGACAUCAUUGAGACUAACACAUUCAGCAGCACUUCCAUCGCUCAGGCAGAUUAUGGGCUGGAACACAUGGCUUACCGCCUCAACAAGGUGUCUGCGGAGCUGGCAAAGAAAGCGGCGCAUGAUGUCACCAAACAAACUGGUUGUAAACGUUAUGUAGCUGGUGCUGUGGGUCCUACCAACAAAACCCUCUCUGUAUCACCGUCUGUGGAGCGACCAGACUUCAGGAACAUCACCUUUGAUGAGCUUGUGGAAGCCUACUCAGAACAAGUAAGAGGGCUUUUAGAUGGUGGUGCAGACAUCCUGCUGGUUGAAACCAUCUUUGAUACUGCAAAUGCUAAGGCAGCUCUUUUUGCCAUUGAUCUCCUGUUUGACAAGAGCUAUGCACGGACGCCUUUGUUUGUCUCAGGGACGAUAGUUGAUCGAAGUGGACGAACACUCUCCGGUCAGACGGGCGAGGCUUUUGUAGUGAGUGUCUCGCAUGCAAAACCACUCUGCAUUGGUCUGAACUGUGCCUUAGGGGCGUCUGAGAUGAGGCCCUUCAUUGAGGCCAUUGGAAAAGGCACAGACGCUUUUAUAAUCUGUUACCCCAAUGCAGGACUUCCUAACACAUUUGGAGGAUAUGAUGAGACUCCCACAGUAACCGCUUCUAGUUUGAAGGAGUAUGCCCUAGAUGGACUUGUCAACAUUGUGGGGGGUUGUUGUGGGACCACCCCUGGACACAUCAGAGCCAUAUCAGACGCAGUCAAACACUGUCUACCAAGGGUUCCCACUGCCGACAUUCAUCGUGACUACAUGCUUCUUUCAGGUUUAGAGCCAUUCAAAAUCGGUCCCUACACCAACUUUGUCAACAUUGGUGAGCGUUGUAAUGUGGCUGGAUCCCGCAGAUUUGCAAAGAUGAUCAUGGCCGGAAACUAUGAGGAGGCUCUUAGUGUUGCUAAGACACAGGUGGAGAUGGGGGCACAAAUCCUUGAUAUAAACAUGGAUGAGGGGAUGUUGGAGGGGCCCAUGGCCAUGGCUCGUUUCUGUAACUAUAUUGCUUCUGAGCCAGACAUUGCACGGGUUCCCCUUUGUAUCGACUCCUCCAACUUUUCUGUGAUUGAAGCUGGGCUGAAAUGCUGCCAGGGCAAGUGCAUCGUCAACAGUAUCAGUCUGAAAGAAGGAGAGCUGGAGUUCCUGCAGAGAGCUGCUACAGUGAAGCGCUACGGAGCCGCUGUCGUGGUCAUGGCCUUUGAUGAGGAGGGACAGGCCACGGAUACAGACCGUAAAGUGGAAAUAUGCUCUCGGGCCUACUGGCUUCUGGUUAACAAAGUUGGAUUUGACCCUAAUGACAUCAUCUUUGACCCUAACAUUCUCACCAUUGGCACUGGGAUGGAGGAACAUAACGAAUAUGCUGUCAACUUCAUCUGUGCCACCAAGCUCAUUAAGGAGACCCUUCCUGGGGCCAGAGUCAGUGGGGGACUUUCCAACCUGUCCUUUUCCUUCAGAGGGAUGGAGGCGAUCAGAGAAGCCAUGCAUGGUGUUUUUCUCUAUCAUGCUAUCAAGGAUGGGAUGGACAUGGGCAUUGUGAAUGCGGGAAAUCUGCCAGUGUACGAUGACAUCGACAAAGAGCUGCUCCUGCUCUGCGAAAACCUGAUAUGGAACAGAGAUGCUGAAGCCACUGAGAAACUACUGGCCUACACUCAGAACACUGCCAAAGGAGGAAAGAAGGUGCUUCAAACAGAUGAGUGGAGGAAAGGAAAUGUUGAAGAGCGCCUGGAGUACGCUCUCAUCAAGGGAAUUGAAAAGUAUGUGGUGGAGGACGUAGAGGAGUGUCGAGUGCAGGUCAACCGCUACACUCGACCUCUUCACAUCAUUGAAGGCCCGCUGAUGAACGGCAUGAAGGUGGUUGGAGAUUUGUUUGGUGCAGGGAAGAUGUUCCUUCCUCAGGUCAUCAAGUCUGCUCGAGUUAUGAAGAAGGCAGUGGCCCACCUGAUCCCCUUCAUGGAAAAGGAGAGAGAAGAGAUGUUGGCGUUAUCAGGGUCUACAGAGGAUGUGGAUCCCUACCAGGGCACCAUUGUUCUGGCAACGGUCAAGGGAGACGUUCACGACAUUGGCAAGAAUAUAGUUGGUGUAGUGCUGGGCUGUAAUAACUUCAGAGUGAUUGACCUUGGUGUGAUGGUUCCCUGUGAUCGGAUUCUCAAAGAGGCCAUAGAAAGGAAAGCAGACAUGAUUGGUCUGUCUGGGCUCAUCACUCCAUCUCUGGAUGAGAUGAUUUAUGUGGCCAAAGAGAUGGAAAGACUCGGAAUGACAACACCACUUCUGAUUGGUGGAGCAACCACAUCUAAGACUCACACAGCAGUGAAGAUUGCUCCUCGCUACACGUCUCCUGUUGUGCAUGUUCUAGAUGCUUCAAGAAGUGUUGUUGUGUGUUCCCAGCUCUUGGAUGAGAACGCGAAAGAUGAGUACUUUGAUGACCUGAAGGAGGAGUAUGAGGACAUCCGUCAGGAGCACUACGACUCCCUGAAGGAUCGCCACUAUCUGUCUCUUGCACAGUCCAGGGACAAGCGUUUACAGAUUGACUGGCAUUCCAUGCCCCAACCCGUGUGUCCUCAGUUCCUUGGGUGCCGUGUGUUUGAGCAGUACGACCUGAGUAGCCUGCUGGAGUUCAUUGAUUGGAAGCCAUUCUUUGAUGUGUGGCAGCUUAGAGGCAAAUACCCCAACAGAGGGUAUCCCAAACUUUUUAAAGACCAGACCGUUGGUGAAGAAGCACGUCGAGUUUUCGAUGAUGCCCAAAAGAUGUUGAACCAAGUGAUAGAGGGUUCCAGAUUACAGGGAAGGGGCCUGGUGGGUUUCUGGCGAGCCCAAAGUGACGGAGAUGACAUAAAGGUGUUCCACGAUUGUGCCACUGUGCUCAGAGACACAGAGCCAAUAGCCACAUUUCAUGGCUUAAGGCAGCAGGUGGAGAAGGACAGCUCCAGUUCUGAGCCGUAUCUCUGUCUCUCGGACUUCGUGGCACCCAUCGAGAGUGGUGUGGCCGACUACAUCGGGGUCUUUGCUGUUGGAGUGUUUGGUGCCGAGGAGCUCAGUCAGCAGUUUCUGUCUCAGGCAGACGACUACAGCAGCAUCAUGAUCAAGGCCCUAGCAGACCGCCUGGCUGAGGCGUUUGCUGAGGCUCUUCAUGCACGUGUCAGGAAGGAACUUUGGGGCUACUGUGCCGAUGAGAGUCUGGAGGCAUCUGACCUCCACAGAAUCCGAUACCAGGGUAUCAGACCGGCGGCGGGCUACCCCAGCCAGCCUGACCACACAGAGAAGACCACCAUGUGGACUCUGGCUGGAAUACAGGAGAAAACUGGAAUUGGCCUGACAGAGUCUUUGGCGAUGACCCCUGCUGCCGCAGUGUCUGGACUUUACUUCUCCAACCCACAGGCCUCAUACUUUGCUGUGGGGAAGAUCACUAAGGAGCAGGUGGAGGACUACGCCCAGAGGAAAGACAUGUCUGUGGAGGAGGUGGAGAGAUGGCUCUCUCCGAUUCUGGCCUAUGAAAAUGAAUUGUAGAUCAUUUUUAGAUCACUUUUCUAUCCAGCUCUGUUUCAGUAAAAUCAACGGCACAUGUCAGAAACGGAUACCUGUUACAUUGUUUGGAUGCCUGUCUUGUGUCUUUAUUUUCUUCCCUUGAGCACACAGCUAGCUGUUUACAGUCUCAGAGCUAAGCUGGAUUCACCAUUCAUGAUCUCUGAAUGUCAUCGAUCGGGUGUUGACUCAGACCCUGCUAAUAUUAUUUAUGUAAUGUGUACUUUUUCCUUGCUGAUCCUUUUGUGCCUAUCCUGAUGGAUGAUGCUCAUGCUCACCAAUGGCGAGUAAUUAUAGUCAACACUACACUUGUUCUCAUUUCUCACAGAUUCCCAGAUGUUUUACAUUUUUAUUUUAUUACGUAUUUUACUCACCUUUUUAACUCGGUCUUUCUCACCUCAGUCAAGGCAUACUUGGCUUACUUGCCACUCAAGCAGUUCUUCAGAAUGUGGCCAAAGCUGUCUUAAAUUGCUCAACAGUUCUAUACAGGUGCUCCUAUUUUAUUAAAGGAUGUUCACAUUCUUAUGUUUUUGUUGUCCCUUGAGGUUUAUUGCGAUUGUCUGUGGUGGGUUUGAUUAGUUCUUUUCUAGGGAAAAUAUAUCUUUAAUAAGUAACAGCUAAUGGUAUUGUGUGUGAUGAAUAUGUUGUAUGAGAAUAUAAUUUACUUUUUGGUUUACAUUCC